AAAAAUCUAGUGUACGUUUAAAGAUAAAACAUGAUAAGAACGCACAUUUUAGGUUUGACACAUGCAUGGUGUGAAUUGUCUCAGGCUAAGCAUGCCGCCGACCACAAAACCCCCUCCAUGAAGUCAAGAAUAAAAGCCUUGACAGAGGAGGUCUGCAAGAAGAAAGGCCACCACCGACGAAGCACGUCCUACCCUGUCCCAAACCCGCCCGACGAGAACCUCCUCUUCCACCAUAAGGGCAAGUCUCUCGACUGCGUGGGGGCGCCUCUCGAAGGCUGCUCCGACCCCUAUGCUUCAACCUCUCGAGGGCGCCACAUCAGGCUCAACUAUCUGAAACAGAAUGAGGUAGAUCACCCUGUUAGAGAUCACACCCUUGUUCAUGGCAACUUGAUCUACGCAAUCGAGCCUACCAGAGUCGAUGCUCUUCAUGAAUCCAAGCUUUUCAUGGAUGCUUUGAAUCUGCUCAAUGUGAGAGAGGAGAUGUUCUUGAAUAUCAUGAAAGACCCAAGUAUUUCUAUGGCUAAUCAGCUGCAUUGUCGCCGCUCGCCUAAUUUGAGAUAUGGAUUGAAUAAGUCCAUCUCGUUUGCUCAUUCGGGGACGACAGAUUUCGAUGAUUUGGAAGGCUGGGCUGCUACGAGGAGGAGUCAUGAUGUGAAUAAAAGUAGAGAGGAGAUUAAGCAAGAGAACCAGGCGUGUGAGGUUUUGGACAAUGCCGCUUCGCCUGCAGCAGCAGCAGCCACCAUUUUGAGGAAGAAGAGCGACGAGAACAGAGCUGGGCUGAUGCGUUUCAAGAAUAUCCGGGAGAAGAUCAGGUAUGUCAUCCGGGAUAGGAAGAAGGAGAAGAAUCGGAUCAUGAUGGACGCGUUGCACCACAAGGUGCCUUAUGGGACCAGUCCCUCGAAGAAGCUGACCGAGGAUGGUGUCCAGGCCGGGAGGUCGGAUUUUGGCAAGGGCUCUUCAAAGGACUACAAGAGGGCGGCUUCGUUGGAUAGGUAUAAUCAGUUGCUGGAUAUUAGCUCCGGAAAAGAGGGUAAAAGAAAUGAGUCGAAGUCGAGUGGUGUUGGGAGGAAGCCUCCCACUCUGGGGAGGAUUCUCUCGCUUCCUGAUAUCAGGACUCAUAUUCCUGAUAUCAGGUUUAACGAGGAGAGGGCGUUGGAACGCGUGGAUAGUGAAGAUGAAGGUGUCACAGGACAUAGGGAGCAAGAAGAAGAGAAUGAUGCAGGUGAUGAGGAGGCGAGGCCGUCUCACGUGCCAUCAGAAGUUGAGCAGCAAGAGCAUGAAGCAUCACCCUCAGAGGAUUCAAGAUCCUCCAAAAGGCAUAGUAGCAUUGAGGAGGAGGAUGAUGAACUAAUCGAACUUGAUGUGGAAGAAGGGGAGCUAGACCUAGACCUAGACGUAGACGUAUACGAUAGGUGUAUGUCAGCACAAGAUGCGGUUGGCAUAGUUCAGGAGAGCCAAAUAAAGGAGUUAUAUAGUGAACUGGUGCAGGAGCAGGGGGAUGAGAAGAACAAUGCGGAGUUCAACUACGUGAGGGGGGUGCUUGAGCUGUCCGGGUUCACGAGGAACGAGAGCACGCUGGGGAAGUGGCGGUCAGGGGAGUACCCUCUCACCCCCUCAGUGUUUGAGGAAGUCAGCGAUCAGCAAGACUCAUGUUGUGCACCGGAUCAAGAAGAUGGGAUAUCCAACCAGAUCCUCUUGUUUGAUCUCAUCAACCAGGUCUUGCUAGAGAUCCAUGAAAGAUCUUUCUGCUACUGGCCCACGCGUCUCACUACCCGCUCGAGUGUGCAUCCCUUGCCUAAGGGAUCGCGCGUCUUGGAGCAAGUGUGGGCUGAGAUAAGAGGGCUGCUUAGCUCAGUGCCUCAGUCUGAUACGGAUAUGGAUGAUGCUGUGAGCCGCGACUUGGCUCGGGACGACGGUUGGAUGAAUCUACAGUUGGAUGCAGAGUGUGUAGGACUUGAGCUUGAGGAAAUUAUAUUUCAUGAUCUUCUUGAUGAGAUUUUUUGA